UCGGUCGGGCUGCCUUCGUGUAGACAGUCGAUCUGUGGUCUGAGAAUCCGUAGCUGGUCAACCUCGUAGUCGUGGGUCGAAACAGUCUACAAGAAUUAUACCAGGACUAAUUGGCGCUUGUCAGGGGCAUCGGAAUUCUCUUUCUCAACGUCGUCGCGACCAAUUCCUCUACUACUAGGUCAAUUGGGCUUCGAAGCCCUUCGGCGUCAUGAUUUCCAUCCGCUCCCUCGCCUUACGUGCCAGCACACGCGCAUCAAUUGCCACUGCUCGGAGCACGAACCGAUGUCUCCUAGAAAGCACUCAAAGCUUCUCGGCCUCAUCUGCGAGGAGCCUAACAACUGCACCCGCCCGCACUCUUAGCCCGUCAGCGCGCACCAGCAAAUGUCACAACCAACAGCAAUACAGGUACAUCACAACAACAAACCCCAACCCACCCCUCGAUAAAAAGAAUGCCUCGAACGAUGCCCCGUCUCGUAUUGCUUUGAUCGGAGCGCGAGGAUACACUGGUCAAGCCUUAAUCGAUCUCCUGAAUAAGCACCCUCACAUGGAUCUACGCUAUGUCUCUUCGCGAGAGCUCAAAGGCCAAGAACUCCAAGGGUAUACCAAGCGCAAGAUUAUCUACGAGAAUUUGUCUCCCGAGGAUGUCGCUCAGCUUGACAAGGAGGGCAAGGUUGAUUGCUGGGUCAUGGCUCUUCCCAAUGGUGUUGCUGCACCGUAUAUAGAGGCUCUCGACGAAGUGGCGAAAACCAGCGAACACAAGAGCGUUAUCGUAGAUCUUUCUGCCGAUCAGCGAUUCAACGACUCAUGGAGUUAUGGUAUCCCAACCCUCACUAAGCGCUCUGAGAUUUGCCAGUCUACUCGCAUAAGCAAUCCAGGCUGCUACGCCACUGGCGCCCAGCUAGCCAUCGCUCCUCUCGUCCCGUAUAUUGCGGCACAGCCGGUGGUGGCAGGAGUUUCCGGAUACUCAGGUGCCGGCACCAAGCCAAGCCCAAAGAAUGAUCCUGAGCUUUUAAGAGAUAAUUUGAUGCCAUACAGUCUAACAGGCCACAUACAUGAACGAGAGAUCAGUCACCAUCUUGGUACUCCUGUUGCUUUUAUCCCACAUGUCGCAAGCUGGUUCCGUGGCAUAUCUCUUACCGUCUCCAUUCCUCUUAAGGAGGCAAUGAGCUCACGCGAUAUACGCCAGCUCUACCAAGAUCGCUAUGCUGGCGAAAAGCUUGUAAAGGUUGUUGGAGACGCCCCCCUAGUACGCUCAAUUGCGAAUCAGCACCACUGCGAGCUGGGUGGAUUUGCGAUAGACAGCACUGGCAAGCGCGUGGUUAUUUGUGCCACAAUAGAUAAUCUGAACCUAGGAGCAAGCACUCAAUGUCUUCAAAACAUGAACCUUGCGCUCGGUUACGCGGAGUACGAAGCCAUAAUAUGAAGAUUUUAACUUAGUUCGACAGGUAGGAGGCGACGGGUCUCGAGCUUCUUCACUACUUCUCGGCAACUUGCUUUUUCAGCAUAGAUAGCAUUAUUGCAGAGGAAGAAAUUCAUUUUUGGUACGUAAAAGGCGGUCUUGGAUGUGGUAAUUACCCCUUGUGUCAAAACAAGUAUUCUAGUUGGCUAUAUAAAUAUCUAAACUUCUUUGCCAUCGCCAUACGUAUUGACUCAGUUAAUACUAACUCUAAAUA